UUCACUGUCACUUAUCUAACUGCCAACCUGUCUUUCCUGUUUUCGCUCUGCAACGAUCACAUGGGUUAUUUCUUAGAAUGUGGAUAAGCUGAGAUGUGUUCUAUCAUUUUGAGGGAGCAAGAUGAAGAGAAAGGGGAGAGAGAUUUGUCAAGGCUUCUGGUCAGGCAGGAAGCUUGGUGUGGUUAGCUGAGUGUAACCGUAGAGGGGAAGCUGUUUUGCCCUUUUUUGUACAGUAUCUAAUCUGCGUAGUCACUCAGACUCGACUGGAACCGUCUACUGAAGGACAAAGCGAGAGUUAGGGAAGUCAGUGGAGCUUUUAGAUAGACAUUAAGGUAACACUAGAGGCUUUAUAGACACCAUUGAUGACAGAAGCAAACAUCAACCAUUGCUAGCCCCAGUCUGUCAGAAGAGAGGCAGCGUAGUUCAAGCUUAAGACUUGUCAUGCUGCCAGUGUGAGCUUUCUGGAGAUUGUAUGGGCCCUGCGAUGGAUUGUGUGGAGCCUGGGACUGGAAAAAAGACAGGUGAAGGGAGGCUGUCCUGGCCAGUUUUCCUGCUGACGCUAGCUGCUGUCACCUCCUCUUCUCUUUCAGCUUUGUCCCUGUACCAACUGGUGGCCCUCAGAGCUGAGGUAGAGGGGCUCAAAUCAGAGGUUUGUCGCAGGAGAGAAGAGGGCCGAGAGGCCAAGCAUGCAGGCCAGACUGAGAAUAUCAGUUGGAGAAGCAGCCAAGAGUCCCUGCACCAACCUGGGUCUCAACAAACUUUCACCCUGAUAAGGAGGAGAAGAUUGGUCCCCGGAUCAGAGAAAAUAGUUUCUCAGCCUUGCCUGCAGUUGCUGGCAAACAAUAGCAGGAAAACCUUCCAGAAAGAAUAUAACGCGGAGCCGCACACAGGUAUCCCGUGGCAGGCUGGGCUGAGGAGAGGCUCUGCCCUGGAGGAAGACGGAGACAGCAUGUUAGUCAGAGAGGAGGGCUUCUACUUUGUGUACAGUCAGGUCUACUACAUGGACAGCACCUUUGCAAUGGGUCACGUGGUGAUCCGGAGGAAGAGGAAUGUGGUGGGAGACGAGCCUCAGUAUGUGGUCUUGUUCCGCUGCAUCCAGAAUAUGAACCCCGUUCACCCUUACAACACCUGCUACACAGGAGGUAUUGUGAAGCUGGAGGUCGGGGACCACUUGGAGCUACUGAUCCCUCGUUCCACAGCCAACGUGUCCCUAUAUGGAGAUGCCACCUUUAUGGGUGCUGUAAAACUGGCUUAAAAAUGUGUCACCUCAUUUCGGACCCGGGGGACACUGUUGUGGUGGGAAAGAGGUGCCAUAAUGGGAGCAAGAAUGGCACAGUUCUGGUGUCCUCGCCUGACCUAUGAGGUGAGAAGAAUACAGGAAGCAGACAUUUCAGUACAGCCUGAUGGGAAAUGCAGGGGACUAUGAGUUGAUGUCUUUACUCGUAAAAAUACAUCCACCUAGCUACAGCUGUAUUAUUUUCAUUUCUACAACAACAGAAUAAAGUCCUUUUUUUCCCUCAAAUAAUCACCAACACAUGGCAAGAUGUAACAUGUGAGACUUGACUUUGUCUGACUUUAAAGAGAUGUCUUACUUGUGUGUCAUUCUUAUGUUUUGAUCAAUAAUCUUUCCUACUAUAGCAGCAACAUUACUGAAAUUGUUCUCUACUGCUUUGUUAUUUUAGAUAUUUGAACAUAAUUAAUCUGAAUACCAUAACCUGAUUUACCUAAGUUUACCUAUAUAUGUCUAACUGAUAAACUAAAAAAUCAGAUUCAAUAAAGUGACAGUUCUUGCACAAGGAA